AUGUUCUACGUUAUGUACCUGACAGGCCUAUGCCAAAGGCGCCACUGGCCCGACCCACUUUUCCAAACCUACCGAACACGCUACGGAUACGGUUCAACAGUCAGAGUGAACAACCGAGAGUACUCGACUGAUGUUGAGUACGAGAGCGAAGAGCUAGCCAAGAACGCCGCCGCCACUCGAGCCUACAUGAUCUGCCGUAACUUUUCGGUAAACGAUGGAAUGUACCCAGGACAACGGCCCGGCCAGGGUGCACAAGGACUGCCAACACCGAUAGGAGCGGGCCGACGGAACACUUCCUCAUCCAACGACUACGACAGCUCCAGUACUACCAGUGGCAACACAAGCCCAAGGAACUCUGACUAUGGCCUAGAUGCUGCACAGGCGGCUGCGGCAGGAAGGGCCUGGGGUGACGACAUCGAAUGCCACCUCGAAACUGUCUCACUAAAUGACAACCCAAAAUUUCACGCUAUAUCAUAUGUUUGGGGUGACCCGAAGAUCACACUGCCAAUCACGAUUGAUGGUCAACCGCUGGCCCUAACACAGAACCUUUUCAACGGACUUCAGCGAUUGCGGCCUGUAGAUAAAACGUUGAUCAUCUUCGCGGAUGCAGCGUGUAUUGAUCAGUCCAACCUCAACGAGCGAUCUCAACAGGUACAGCUUAUGGGCGAAAUAUAUGCCUCCGCGGAAGAAGUCUUCAUUUGGCUUGGUUACGGAUGCGAGCUCCAAGCUCCCGUAGCACAGCCAAAGAUUAUUCACUGGGUCGGAGAUGAUACGGACAUGGAAGUUACAGAUUCCUAUUUCAAGAGGGACCACUCUCUGGUCCGAGAGAAUGGGGAAGGCAAGGAGAUAGAAGACGUACUGGGACUUUUCGUCUAUUUAGGGUUUCGUGCUAUGGACAGACAUCUGUAUGAAAUACCCUUUUUUGACGUGGAGGGAGACAUAUUGUAUAUCAAGCAAAACUGGCCGGCAGUCAUUCGAGCUGCGGAGACGUUGCUCUCGAACCCUUGGUGGACGCGGAUCUGGGUCGUUCAGGAGACAGUUCUCGCUCGCCAUGCCACCGUGGUUUAUCGCAACAUCACCAUCCCCUGGACUGUAAUUACAGAUGCAGUCCGUAUCUCAGAUCGCCAUGAUCUUGAUUGCUGCCAGAAACUAUUCUCGUCGCUACCAUACAAUGAUAAAGAGAUCACCGCUCAGUUGGGGUCUGCUAUGUUCAAUGGGGCGGGACUGUUAAAGAUAAUUAGACAAAGAGGCGAUAAGUUAAGCCUGUGUCAGAUCAUGCGCCAAACGCAUUUGCGUGAUGCAGCAGACAUCCGCGAUAAGGUGUUUGGUGUACUUGGGCUAGUAGAAGAUUGGCAAGGCACGUCUCCCAUCCUUCCUGACUAUAACUUAUCCCCGAAGGAAGUCUAUAUGCAAGCAACCUUCCAUGAGAUUGAAAGCACCGAUACUCUAGGAGUAUUGAUUGGUACUAUUGUUUCUGGAAUACCUGGGGCUCCUUCUUGGGUUACUGAGAAAAGCGCAAAAUCUUGGGCUCACAAUCACGCUGCAAGAGCAAGAAUUGGCUGCUAUUCGCUGUUUUCAGCGGCAGAUUACCACAAGGCUAAUGUCGAGAAACAAGGUGACAUACUGAUAAUUGACGGCUUCAAACCACGCCAUAGGAUAUAUCAAGUAAGCCCCAUACUUUCCAAUGAUGGAAUGGAUAGGAAUGCGUACGUCAAGAACAUCGUGACAUGCCGUCGUAUGGCUGGGCUCGAAGAAGAAACGCGUUCUCUCUAUUCAGAGAGACAAACCGGAGAGGACGACUUCUGGAGGACAAUGGUUCAAGAUUGUUGGAUGCGGUACUCUUUUACAAGGGACAUCUGGGGUAGCCCCGGGCAUUCUGAGAAUAUUUUCCAAAGGCUUGGAAACAUAGAUGUAGCUUUCCUAGGUAAGGACUUCUGGAGCAAGCUGAAGAACGAGGAAACCAGAGAUGCUCGCACUUUGGACGAGCGUAACCAUAUUCAGGGCUUCUCUAGAGCUUGUAAUUUGUUUGGCUUUUGUCGGAGAUUCUUCAUCACGGAAGAUGGCCACAUGGGGCUGGGUCCUCCCGAAAUGCUUCCUGGUGACUCGAUAGCUAUCUUGCUAGGAUCGAACGUACCAUUCUGCCUGCGACCCGUCCCGGAUGCGCCCAGAGGUCACUACACGCUCGUGGGGGAUACGUAUGUGCACGGCCUGAUGGAUGGAGAAGGCGUCCCAUCGAAUUGGGCGGACCACGUCGUUAAAAUUCACCUCCAUUGA